AUGUCACACUCCACCGCCUCCAGGGCCCCUUCACACCGACCAGCCAAGCACACCGGCACUCUCCUCGAAGACACCGACAGCAUGGUUGAAGCGAACACACUCGUCCGCCAGUUCAGCAACACGUCAGACGACAGCACGUUGUCACGGCGACCCUCGACGCCUCGCUCACAGACUGAUCCUGCACCGGCCGUCACUUCGACAUUUCAGACGAAGCCACGCAACCGGUCGCCCUACGCACGCUCUCACCUACGCUCUCAAAGUGGCCACAGCGCACUUGCUCCUCCCAUGACCCGAGCGCAUUCGCUCCCUAUCGUCAUGCAGCCUUCAGGAACACUCCAGUCAGCAGUUGGACGCCUCACUCUCUCGCCCUCGCCCAUGCCUCUCGACCGCCCUUCGUCUCCUCUCCGCUCGCCCAAGCCACGCAGCCCACGCACAGUGGAGCCUCGCUUGGCAACAUCAGGGCUGCAGGAACGAUAUGGAUCUGGCAUACGCCCAGCUUCUGUGGGCUCAUUUGAAGGCGCACCCAGCGUCUGCGACAUUGCCGAGGAUGCAGAACUUGAGCUCACACCUCGUGCCAGCAGCGGCAUGUUCAGCCUGUACAGCAGCACUGGCUCCCUCUCCAGGCGCAGGCGGCCCGCAUCACCCCUCUAUCACGUUGCUAUACCAUUUGGUGCACCACCCACCAGCACCCCUUCUGUCAGCACGCCAACGUCAACAGCCUCCUCACCCAUGCUGGCGCCUUCGAAGUUCAACGAACACUACCCUUCAUCGUUUGCCUCUUCGUCGGUUCCUUCCACACCGACCUCGAUGCGCUCUCGCAGCCCUUCCAUCUCAUCCCUCGAAACCAUCGAAGACAGUCCAGAUGCGGAGGAUCUCGCUCUUGAAGCAGAACGCAUUGCACAGUUGAAGGCGGCUGCUGACCGCGAAGAUGGUGGUGAAGCUCGCAGAUCAAGCCUGGAUGUACCCGAGGGUCGUGGCCGCAGCUUCAACUUCGGCAAGAGGGACUCGAGGAAGCGCUGGAGUGUCUGUGGAGGCGAGCGACGCGUCGAUUUAUCGCUCGGCACAGUCUGGGAGGACUAA